AUGCACGGAAUCUCUCGCCAACAGACUCUAAAUACCGCCAGACCAGUGCCAUUCGAUGAAUCCGUAUCACUGUUUCACAUCCCUGAAGAGUCGAGUACUCUCGCGAAGUCAAAGCCAGACACUCUUGUUCUGCCUGCUGUUUAUGCACACAAAGGGAAACUGAAUCGACUAAAAUUCAACUAUGGUGUCGAGAAAUACCUACAAGUCGAGCUAGACGUGUCUAGGCUCAACGAGAUCCAUAACCAGCUUUGGAUGGUCGGGAAACCGAUGCCUGGACGACCUCUACAUCAGCAUCUCGUGUACGGUCGGAAGAUUGUAUGUGCUGAGCAAGCGGACUUGCACUUGCUUUGGGAUGAUUAUCGGCUGUUUGUGAAGCCAUGUCCAGAUUAUUUACUGUCGUUUGACUUUUGGGAGCGCUAUCUGUGCUGUGGUGACGACAACUUAUGGGCAACUGCUGCCGGUAUGGUCCAGUCGUAUACAUGGCUGAUCCAAGACAAGUCCGACUGGAAGGUUGCAAAAGCAGAGGGCAUUCUUUCUGAAUCCAUGACUUGGGAGCGCUGGACCGCCUUCGUCUCCUCUUUCACCGACCAUCUUGAAGCAUCAGACCUCGAUGUCAAUCCACGAUUUAAAUACGGCAAUCUUCGGCUCCCCCGGAUCCAAUGGAUAUGGCGUUUCCGCUCACGUACAGGAGGUGUCCACGCAUUCGUCAAUGGAUAUCUGAACCCAUACUCAAGUUACCGUCAUUUCUUCAAGCAGAUGGUGGCGCCCAUCACAGUGGCAACGGUCUAUUUUGCCCUUAUCUUGGCUGCGAUGCAAGUUGGGCUGGCCACGACCAUGCUGCAAGAGAGCGAUGCAUUUCAGAGCGCGUCUAUGUGCUUUACUGUGUUGGCUAUUGUUGGGCCGAUCGCGGCGGUUGCAGUGCUGGUAGCUGGGGUAAUGGGCUAUGUAUUCAUCUGGAACCUUUGUCAUGCGGUGAGGUUAAGGAGGAUAGAAAAGUUGGAAUCAAAUAUGAUGAGAAAACAGGAGGUAUAA